AGCUGCUUCUGACCAGAUUCUUGGGACAAGCCCUCCAUCAGAAGAUGCUCCACUUCCUUCGAACUUGUAUAUGGGGGACAACAGCAGCUAUGCUGAGGAAUCAACGGACUUUGUUGAUAAUGCUCAAAGGUUCUUGGUGGGUGUGGGUCAAAACCAUUGCAGUUCAGAACAGCCUGAUGACCAGAAGUUAUUUGAUUUGCCAGUGCAAUAUGAUGUCGAUUCAAAACCCGUCAAACAUGAAUACAUUGGUGAAUCAAGCAAGACCGUGAAUCCCGUGGAUGAAGAUUACUUACUUGACGAACCAUUCUUGAAUGCUAGUAAUGUCCCUCAAUUUGAUGAUGGAGCAUAUCUGGAAGCUAAUGACCUCUCUAACCCCAUUGAGGCAGAUGCCUAUCCUUAUGACAUGUUUGAAGAGUACCUUAACUAUUUUGAUGCAGUUGGUGACAACAUGCAGUGCAUGGGUUUUAACUCUUCAAAUAUGAUGGAAAGUGAUCUUAUUUCUGGCCAAGCAUCACUUACCCAGGAGGAUGGAGGAGUCCAGCAAGUGGCUAUGUCAAGCCAAGAGCUCUUGGAAGGGCAUAGUAAUGACAUUGCAUCCUCUCCAAACCAGGUCACAAAAUUUGGAUCAGAUGGGACAGAUGUUCAGCACCCAUUUGUCAAGCAGGCCAAUCGCAUGCUGGGCAGCAUCCCUGCUCCACCUGCAUUUGCUUCGGAGUUCCCCACAAAAGCUGCUGCUCUUUGUCUGAACUCUGCGUCCCAGUCUUCCAGUUCAGUCCAUGUUACUGCUGGUAUGAUCCAGAUAAGAUAUAUGAAUUUGAGUGGCAGUGGGGCAGACUGGUCGCUUGGUAAGCAUAGCCUCAACAUAGUGAUCUCUUUUGACAUGUCACAUGCUGAUGGUAAUUCUGCCAUUCUGGGGCCAAUGGUUAGCAUGCUCUAUGGAAAGGCUGGUUCGGCAAUAUCCCGGGCUUGGUUUUGCUUUAUGUUCAUUGGGGUCCUGAUGGUUUCUAUGGCCUUCAAGAUUUGGACCUGUAUUUGUGUCAGGUAAGGCUCACCAGUAGGACUGGUAACCAUACUAUACCCAAAACAGUGUAAUUGGCUGAAAUUCCUGGAACACUUGGCAGAUAUCGACUCCAUUUACUCUGACAGAACUCUCUCUUGCAAAUUUUUUUUUUUUUUUUGUUAUUUCAUUUAAAAUGUUAAAUUUUGAAUAUGUUGCUAUAUAAGCUUGAUGUCCCGACUUUUGGAAGGGUUUGCCAGCUGCAUUAAUUUCUUAAAGGGAAUGUAUUUGUCAGAAUUCUUGUUAGGUUUGAUGUAUGAAAUAUGAAGGUAAGCUUCUAGGGAAGAAGACACUCAACCGAACCGUCACACAAGUAAACUAGUUGCUGGGAAUGAACAAGAUAUCGAGGGAUUCUCCACUUGAAGGUUUCUUUCAAUGCAAAGAUGAAACUACCUGUAUGCUAACUGAAAGGACGUGAAUACAUAAUGCAAGGCAAUGGAAGUUUAGUGUAUGCAAUGGAAGUUCAGCCAUCCAGCAGUUGGAUUUAUGAGCCUAGUAUCAUCCAGUAAUGGCUGGAACACAGGAAAGCAGCUGCUCUCACAUUUAUAACUUUCAA